AUCGCGCAAAGACGAUCACUGAGCUCUGGCGUCAUCAGUGUGCGACGCGGCGUGCAGGACUGUGAAGGACGCCGACGAGAAGCUGGUGAUGAAUAAGUGAAACACAAAGGAAACAGGAGGACGUUGUCAUGGCGAUGUCGUGUCUCACUCGAGCUCUGCGUUCACUGACAGUGUCCCAGCAUGCUGUGCUCUCACCACAGGCAGCCGCGCGGUUUGAGCUGGCAGCUCUGGUGCCUCAGUGCAGAGGCUUCCUCACCUCAGCCUCUCUGGAGCAGAACAAGACAUUUUGGAAGCAGAGGGAGAAAUACACCAUCAGACCAAUAGGGAAGAAAAAGACAGGAGGCCGAGACCACUCAGGAAGGAUACGGACGCACGGCAUCGGCGGCGGCCAUAAACAAAGAUACCGGUGGGUCGACUUCCAGCGCCUUCGCUUUGAACCGGGCAAAGAGGCCCAGACAUUCGAGGAGAAGGUCGUGGAGGUGCGAUACGACCCAUGCAGGUCUGCUGACAUUGCACUGGUCGCCGGGGGCAACCGUAAGAGGUGGAUCGUCGCUACAGAGAACAUGCAGGCCGGAGACGUCAUUAAAACAUCGGGAGCUAUCGGACGCAUGGCGGUCCUGGCCAAUGAAGGUGAUGCCCACCCACUGGGAGCUCUGCCUGUGGGGACUCUGGUGAACAACCUGGAGAUACAACCAGGGAAAGGAUCAGAGUACAUUCGUGCUGCAGGCACGAGUGGUGUUCUGCUUCGUAAAGUGAACGGAACCGCAAUCGUUCAGCUUCCCUCGAAGCAGCAGGUUCAGGUUCUGGAGACCUGCAUGGUGACGGUGGGACGCGUUUCCAACAUCGACCACAACAAAGAGAUCAUCGGCAAAGCAGGUCGCAAUCGCUGGUUCGGCGUUCGCCCUUCGAGCGGCUUGUGGCAGAGGAAGGGAGGCUGGGCCGGACGCAAGAUUAAACCGCUGCCCUCGAUGAAGAGUUACAUCAACCUGCCGUCACUCACCGCUAAAUAACACGACAGGAGUCCGGACCUGUGUGGGACUGAACGUCAUCGUCUUGUGAUGUUAUUUUGUUCUGGACAGUUGAAUCAAAUCAGAAAAUAUGAAUAAAGACAAACUGUUUGUA